CAAACGUGUCGUCAUCAUGGCGGAAAGUGGCGGCGCGGCUCUCCAGAAGAACCCGAUCAGUCGGCUGCAGGAGAUCUGUCAGCAGUGGAAGCUUCCUCUGCCGGUGUACCGCGAGGCGCAGGGAACGUUCAGCGAGUUCGGUGCGGAGGUCAGCCUAACGCUGGAGGGAGAGCCCGUCACCUUCCACGGCAGAGGCCGCACCAAAAAGAGCAGCAAAUCAAACGCCGCUCAGGAGGUCCUGAACUACAUUGCAAAGAACAAGGCUCACCUCUUGGAGCCGCCUCCAGUGACUGCGGUAGAUGAAGGUGCUAUAGUCGAGGCCCCAGUCAAUAUGGAAGAAAGGAAGUCAUCUGAAUAGACAGCAUGUUCCCAAUGUGGAUCAGAGUGAACUGGCUGGAGAGACUGAGAGACUGGAUCAUGUACAUGUGGGACUGGAGUUGGGGAGACUGAUACAACAGACUAGGACUCAGAGGAAAAUGUCUCAGAAAGACCUUGCAGCCAAGGUCAAUGAGAAGGCGGUGGUGGUGGUGGACUAUGAGUCAGGUCGUGCUCUGCCAAAUACUCAUAUCAUAUCCAAACUGGAGAGAGCUCUCGGUGUUCAUCUGACAGGAGAAAAGGCGGGGCAACUGAAACUUGCUGGGAGGGGGCGGGGCCACAUGUAAACUCUCAUCACAUUAUAUCAGCUACUGCUACAGUUCUUCAGACUCAUUAUUCAUCAUCCUUUAUACACUGCCUGCAUAAUAUCACUUUUCAUGUAAACGGAGCAAGUAUGCAAUGAUUUGUUUCCGCAUACUUCUACUACAAAAGGGGAUCAUGAGUUCUUGGUGAUCUAUAGACAGGAGAGUAUUGCAUUAGACAUAGAUUCACGGAAGCUGGGGACAGAAGAAGACGCGGCGAUCUCCCACGGUAUAUCCAUGGAUCGCAGCAGCAGCCGCCAGGAGCUGUGGAGACGGAGAAAACAACUGGGAACGAAGCCGGAACUGAUGCUAUUCCUAUUCUUCUUCCGCUCCUCACUGGUCUCCGGUCAAGAAG